AUGGAAGACAACAGCCCUCCUCGACCUCGUGAAGAUCGUGGCCCGCGCAUUCCUCCUGCGAAACUCUCGGAUAUCAAGCCCAAUCCCACCAUUGCGAUCUUCUAUAGAACCGGGAAGGGUUCUCCCCUGCAGCUUGUCGACGGCAAUUUCUCUCGCGACGCAGCCAUGAUCUUCUGCGAUCGCAUCCGCCACGACUUCAUGGACGACAACAGCCGCAAAUCGUUCAUUGUCACGGGUAUUGAUCUCACUGGUCUGAAGGAAACCGUAGCUUGGAUCAAUCAGUGCGUCUCGGAGCAGAGCAUUGUCAAGUACAGAGAACUCGAAGCUGACACUCCUGAGCUUCUCUCACGGUACGCCAACGUCAUCAUUGCAGCCACCUACCUGGGCGUUCCUGCUCGUGAUCUUGCCGAAGGCCUCACGAAACGUAUGCAAGGCAUUGCGCGCAAGGUCCUCAUGAGCUGGAAGGAAGUCGAAUGGUUCUACACGUCCCCCGCGCUGAACAACUGCAAGGACUCUCUUCGCGAAGUGGCCGCAGCCAGUGUCUUCUGGGCAUGGUGGAAUUCUGUCCUCAACGAAGAAGAUACCCCAGAAGAACUGGACACCCUCGAAGAAUUGAGAUCUCGCAUUCCCAAGCUCGACGGCGACCUCCAUGACUGGUGCGAGCGCAACGAGGCCGAGGUGAAGAAGAAGUGGGAGGAAAAGAAGAAGGCCAGAAAAGACCCCAACGUCAGCAACGACCCUGAGGAUUUCAAGGGCUGGGAUACUAUUGGCAUCGGAAAGACACCUGCUGGAAGCGGCGAGGGAGGCGGUUUUGACACCGGUGACAUCUUCGAGGACAACCCAGGUUCCGCCGCUCCCGGUGCAUGGGACGUCCCUUCUGCCGGGCCCGAGAAUGGCGAGUUCGGCUUCGACUCUGGUAUCUCUCUGAACAGCAGCGCCAAUAUCAAGAAAGAGAACAUCUUCGACCCCGGCCACGGCCAAGCACAUGAAAACGGCAAUGCCAAGACCGACAACUGGGACGUCGAGAGCACUGGAGGCAGAGAGUGGGCAGACGAAGUCAUUGAGCACCAGGCUUCGACUUGGUGA